CCCCUCUCUGUGCAACAGAGAGAAAAAAACAGAGGAUCUUCUGCCUCUCUGGUGUCUUGGUGGAUCAUUGUUAUAAACCCUAAAAAAAAUUGUUUCUUCUGGUUUUAGCUCCAGGAUGUAUUAGGUUGAGGUUUUUUUCAAUGGCGUCGCUGAGAAAUAGUGAAGAGAUUGAUAGAAUUAAAGGGCCGUGGAGCCCUGAAGAAGAUGCAGCAUUACAGCGGUAUGUGCAGAAAUACGGGCCGAGGAACUGGUCGCUUAUAAGUAAGGCCAUUCCAGGGAGAUCAGGGAAGUCCUGUAGGCUGCGGUGGUGCAACCAGCUGAGUCCUCAGGUAGAGCACCAACCUUUUACUCCUGAAGAGGACGCCACCAUUAUAAGAGCUCAUGCGCAGCACGGCAACAAAUGGGCCACUAUUGCGAGAAUGUUAUCAGGGCGCACCGACAAUGCGAUUAAAAAUCACUGGAAUUCCACUCUGCGGAGGCGCUGCGCAGAGGGUGCUGUGGUUAGCUCGGAGGAAGAUGGCGAUCGAAAGCGUUGCCUGGAAGAUGAGGAUUCUGGACAGGGAAAUAAGAUGAAGAAGCCUUGUUCGCCCCCUGGAUCCGAUUCCACUGUCUACAGACCUCUGCCGCGCCUCGCAACAGUCAAUAAUAGUGUCACCGAUUUAAAUAAGGCCUGCGAUCCGCCAACCUUUCUCAGCCUUUCACCUCCCGGCACAGAUAGCCCAUCAAAACCCCCUUCGCCAUCGACCUCGCUCUCAAUCGUUCCCCCCUGUCAUGUGACCGUGGGCUCACCUGCUCCUUCCGGCUACAUUAAGGCUCAAGAGGCCAUGGAAUGGAUAAGCUCUGCGAUCAAUAACGCGCUGUCGCAGACGCUGGCUCCUAUUCUGAGCCCCCGGUCACAUGUAAAUCCUACGGAGUUUCUGGCUGUAAUGCAGGAGAUGGUUGCAGAGGAGGUGCAUAGUUAUAUGGCCGCAUUAAAGCAGCAGCGCUUAAAUAAUGCUCCUUUUGCUGCAAAUCCCCCUUCAAAUUGUGCUGCGGCGUCUUCUCUUUUCAAUGUCAAGCGAACCGCCGCGAUAGGCAGACUUGAGUAGCAAAGCAGCAAGCAAUAAUAAUGGUAAUACAACUGCAAAUGCAAUCUUUCUGUGUAUGUUUUUUGCCCCUUUUUUACAGGAAGCGCAGUGUUAAGGCAAGUGUAGAUUUUUAAGACGAAACGUAACUGAGAUUAUAUUUCCUGCCUUCCUCUGAACAAAAGUGAUUAAUACCCUAAUAAAUCGAAAGCAGCACCUUCAUUAUUAAUCAUGAAGUUAUUUAUCCUCA